UGUUUCUUGCCUUCCGUGCACUGCCCAUCGAGCUCGUCUUGGUCGGAGCUCUUCUAGGACUGAUCGAACUUGUGGGGUUGAGCUCGUUGAUGCCCUUUAGGAGUUCUAGGAAAUGGCCCCAUUUCGGGGCCUAGGUUUAGGUUGCAGCAUUCUUGAAUUCUGAACGCGAGGUAGCUUCUAGGACGCUGCUGUCUUCCUCUCCUAGUCCUGGAAGCCCUAAUUGCUGUUCCAGGACAGCUCACGUUUUACUGAGCAACUGUCCCAGGAAGGCUACUACGGUGGCAAUCUUUUAUCCGGGAAGUCGCCCUUCGUCAGAGCUGAGCUUAAUUCGGUUUGCAAUUCAACCCAAAAACUGUAAGAUUGGAAUUCAGGGGACUGGUUUCGUUGAUCAGUUUGCUCCUCUGCUGCUUUGUUGCAUACCAGGUUAACUACAAUGUAGUCGUUCUUCCUAGUUGAGCAGUAAACCCACCCACCCAUACUUAGGCUUUAAUGUAUACUCUGAAAUCCGAGGUCAAAUGCUGGAGCAGUUUAGCCCAAGAUAUAUUGUCUUCUCGAGUGAAAUCAGAACCAAUUCUGACCUUUUGUUGAUUCAUUUGGAAAGCCAACAGGCUUUUAUCUUCUGAGGAAAUGAACUGCCAUCAGAUUUCUGGUCUUUCUUUGGUUGUUGCAUCUGCCUAUUUAUCUUUAAUCUAUCGUAUUGAUCUGUUUCGUUGAUUGGCAAGGACUUCUCGUCAAUUCUUGAGCCUGUGUCAUCUCCUACUCCACGGGAGUCUAAAAGGCAAAAGAGACUCAUGGUCGAUGAUCUAUAUCACUAUGACCAUGUUGGAGUCAAAUCUUCCACCAUGGAGCGAGCAGAGGAGUUCACGAGAAGUCUCACUCCUCCUGGUUUGCCGACUUUUCUGAAGACUAUGGUCCGGUCUAAUGUUGCAACUGGAUUUUGGCUGCAUCUUCCAAUGGGUUUCUGCAAAGCCCACAUGCCUCGGCAUAAUUCAACUGUUAUUUUGGAAGACGAGAAUGGGGAAAAAUACGAAGUGCAUUAUAUCAUGGACAAGACAGCGUUAAGUGCUGGAUGGAAACUGUUCACGACUGCUCGGAAAUUGGUGGAGGGCGAUGUAGUUAUCUUCCAGCUUGUUGAACCAUGCAGGUUUAAGGUGUACAUUGUUAGAGCAGAUGAAAAAUCAGUAGCAGAUGGGAUGCCGGAACUAGAUGCAAGCGCUGGACAAAUUGCUCCUGCAAACGACGCCAAAAGGAAAGUUGUGCAGCACAGAGUUCGGAGGAGGAAAUCGAAACCUUCAAGAAACAGAAGUCUGGUCGUGGCAGAAACUCAGAUUACUUCUGCACAAGAUAAUGAGUCCAAGGAGGUCAGUGAGGAUCCCAGUCUAGUCACUAAUGAAGGGACUAGAAUUUUAGCAAAUUGCAGUCCUGAUUUCGAAGAAGCAAAAUCCACAGGCAACUUCACCAUUCUUGUGAAUAGCACGGCUAUUGACUCAGAGCUUUCUGAAACUCAGAGGACAAAGUAUUAUGAGCUGUGCAUGACCCAGAACUCGUAUCUCCAUGGAAAUCUUCUCAAGAGCAUUAGCCCUAAAUUGGCAGCGGAAAUAAUAUCCGAAACAGUGAAUAUUGCAGGCUUGAUCAGAGCUUGCGAUAUUUCCACCUCAGAGGAAGAAUAUUCUGUAUGGGACAAGACCCUGGAAGGGUUCGAGAUGUUGGGCAUGAGAGUUGGGUUCCUGAGAACCCGUCUGGGCCGGCUGAGGGAACUCGCUUCGGAGUUUCAGAAGUAUAAAAAUGUCGAAACCCAAAGAGAAAUUGCAGAGCAGGAACUGAGGGCUAUUAGAGAGGAGCUUUCCCAACUGAAGGAGCUGAGGAGUAGACUCGACUCCGAGAUUGAGGCUCUGAAGGCGAGUGUUGAGAGGCAUGAACAUAUCUUCCAACAGGAGGCCAGUGCCGCAUGGUGAAUUAGGAAUUCGUAUUUGUACCGUCUCGGGGAAUUGGCUGUUACUUCUUUUUUCUUUUCUAAUCUCUGGUAGUUAGAAGUUCUAGGGACUGUUCAUUGUAUGAUCUUGUGAAAGGGAUGGUGCUCUGUAAUUUGGGAGAAUAGGACUCUGUCUUGUAUCCAUGCGCAGCUAUAAGCUGCCUCCGUAUCCUGGUAAGCGAUAACUGUUGAGUCUAUCGACAUGCUGCUUGCUGCAAUGUUCUUCCGGAAGUAAAAAGUCGCACUGCAUCAGAAUUAUUGUUUCCAAA